AUGGCUCCCACCCCUACCGAAGCCCAGCGCGAACAGGAGCAGCACGAGGAGGCGUCGCACAAUCCCAAAGGUCUCAAGGAGCACAUCAAGCAUCCAUUCCCGCACCUUCGCGAAAAGCUCAGAGACACGCAUCUCUACGAAGCCAAGGUCCAGCUGAACCAUCUCAAGCACAAGAUUGGCAAGCUCGACAACCUCAUCAACCCCAAUCACCGCCAUGACGAGGAGCAUGAAAAGCGCACCGAUGCCAAGAGGACCGCGAUCGCCGAGAGUCACCGUUUCGAAAGCUUUGCGCCCGAGCGCGACGGCAACCUCGUCAAAUGGUAUAUCGACGGCCGCGACUACUUCUGGGCUGUAUCCGUGGCCCUGGAAAGAGCUAAGGAAACCAUCUACAUCGCCGACUGGUGGCUGUCUCCUGAGCUAUUCCUGCGCAGGCCCCCCUACUACAACCAGGAAUGGCGGCUGGACCAGGUGCUGAAACGCCGCGCCGAAGCUGGCGUAAAGAUCUACGUCAUCGUCUACAAAGAAGUUCAGGCCGCGAUUACGUGUAACAGUGCCCACACCAAGCACGCCCUGACGGCAUUGUGCCCGCCCGGCUCCCCAGGGCACGGCAAUAUUAGGGUUAUGCGGCACCCGGACCACAAUGUUUUUGAGAACAUGGGAGAUAUGACUUUUUACUGGGCCCACCAUGAAAAGUUUAUUGUAAUCGACUACGCAAUGGCGUUCAUUGGCGGGUUGGAUUUGUGCUUUGGUCGUUGGGACAACAAACAGCACCUGAUGGCCGACGUGCACCCUGGAGGUGUACGAGACGAAGUUUUCCCAGGCCAAGACUUCAACAACAACCGUAUCAUGGACUUCCAGUCUGUUGAGGAUUGGAAGUCGAACGAGCUCUCCAAGGCCGAAUACGGUCGUAUGCCAUGGCACGAUGUCGCUAUGGGCGUUAUUGGACCGUGCGUCUAUGACAUUGCGGAGCAUUUCAUUCUUCGCUGGAACUUGGUCAAGCGAGACAAGUACAAACGUGAUCAGCGGUAUGACUGGCUCAUGCUGGAGGGGAGAUUGGGUGACGAUGAGGACCUGGUUGCAGUGCAACGCCCGAAGCACCCGGUUGGAGAGUAUAUCCAGCAUCCUCGAAGCCCGCUAGACACUAAACCGCUGGACGGUACCCAAGGAAGCGUUCAUGCUCAGAUUGUCAGGAGCAGCGCUGAUUGGAGCAGUGGUAUAUUGACGGAACACAGCAUUCAGAACGCAUAUUGCGAGAUUAUCAGAAAUGCUCAGCACUAUGUCUAUAUUGAGAACCAGUUUUUUAUCACCUCUACGGGCGAAUCACAAUCUCCUAUCCACAAUCAGAUUGGCCGCGCCAUUGUCGACGCCUGUGUCCGCGCUGGCAAAGAAGGGAGGAAGUUCCGCGUCAUCAUCGUCAUCCCCGCCAUUCCUGGGUUCGCUGGCGAUCUCAGGUCUGCUGCUGCCACUGGUACUCGCGCUAUUAUGGAUUACCAGUACAAGUCCAUUAACCGCGGCGAGCACUCUAUUAAGGAGCAGAUCCGCAAGGAGGGCGUCAACCCGGAUGAUCACAUCUUUGUGUUUAACCUCCGUUCAUAUGACCGUCUUAACACGACGCCUGCUAUGAGACGCCAAGAAGAGGCAUCAGGCGUCACCUACCAGGACAUUCAGCGUGCGGAAGCCGAAGAGAUCAUGUCCAGCGGUGUUCAUGGUGCGGCUGGUGACUCUUCCAGCAGUAGUGAGGGAGGAUAUGAUUCGGACGGGGGGGAUGAGGAACGGCAAAGACUGCAGGAUAAAAGGCGACGUUUCGAAUCGAAGCGCAGAGAAGCCGGACUGGAAAAAACUCAAAGCAAGGCAGGCGUCAUCAGCAAAGACUCAAUCGCACAAAACGCGCUCGAGGGCGAAGGUGCUGUUAGUGAUGAGCGAUGGGACCCUGACGACCCCGACUCGGAAAAGCAGAACUUUGUGCAGGAGGAACUGUACAUCCACGGCAAAGUCUGCAUCGUCGACGACAAGAUCGCCCUGUGCGGCAGCUCCAACAUCAACGAUCGCUCUCAACUCGGCUACCACGACUCGGAGCUCACUAUCGUCAUGGAAGACACCAACACAGUGCAGUCCACUAUGGAUGGCCAGCCGCAUCAGGCGGGACACCAUGCCACAACAUUGCGCCGCAUGCUAUGGCGUGAGCACCUCGGCCUUAUUAAAGCCCAACAGUACGACGCUUCGGAUGAUCCCAACGCUCAGCCCCCGGGCGAUUGCCCGAACGACGCCGUCAAGGACGAAGUAUACCAGUGGCUGGAGGACCCGCUUAAUGAGGACGUGUGGAACAUGUGGACAGGGCGGGCGACGAAGAAUACAGAAAUCUUCCGCGACUUGUUCCACGCAGACCCGGACGACAACAUUAAAACAUUCGAAGACUACGCCACUUUCCUGCCGUCCACCGACCCGAACAAGACAGACACGCAGCAUAAGCAGGGCCAUCUGUACGCCGUGGAUCGUCCGAUCGAGGAGAUCAAGAAGGCGCUCGAUGAGAUCAAGGGACAUCUUGUCUGGAUGCCGCUUGAUUUCUUGAAGGACGCGAAUAUGGCUGAAAAGGGCCUGCAGGUCAAUGCUUACACGGAGAGUAUUUACACCUAA